AUGGAAACAGAAGCUGCGGCAACGCUACUUGUGGCAAUCCUCUCUAAGAGAGGGCAUGAACUGCCCGCAAAACUGCUGAUAAAACUUCUACAUUUAGGUAGAAAAUGGGGACACUUUACCGAUCCACACACGAUGUUUUUUGUUACGGAGUGGCGAGAUUAUGGAGAAACGUUGUGGCAAAAGACUAUAUCAAGAACAGACAACGAUGAAAAGGAAGUUAAAGCUGUUCGAGGGGACUGCACGAUCACGAAAAGGGGCAAAGAGCCUUUUGGGGGCUGUGGGGAAACUUGGCGAACUGUCCUUAAUACUUUACAAGCGCUGAAGGCGGAGUCAAAAGUCGCCGCUGCCGCUGUGCGCGCCACAGCCCCCCCCAAUCCCCCGGCUGAACCUCAUCGCACCACGAGUCGUACGAGUGCUUUCUUUGGGGUGAGCCAGAAUUACCCAAUGAAAGGAAUGACUGGGAAAGUUUGUACCGGCGUCUGCGAGCUCUUAAAUCCGACUGUAAAAAGGGGGAAUGCGUCUGAGGACAUAAACGGCCCCGUUGCGCCGCAGGCACCCGAUGUUCACCCAUCAGAGGGCGGAAGUGCAAUGACACAGGAACCGGAAGUGCCCACAGUAGCGGCUGCGCUGAUCAAGUGCGGGGCGGCCCGAGCUGUCGGACUGGCGAGGAAUCAGAGGAGGAAGAAGGUGCCACGAAAAUGCUGUAACAACCAAGGACUGCUACCUGUUAAACAAUUGCAGAUGACACUAAGCUGGGAGGAAGUGUGGAUCUGCUGGAGGCUGCCCCGGGGAGAAGGAGGCCCUGCAGACACAGAUGUUUGGGCUGCCAGCUACCAAGGACAAGAGGUGGGCACGUAGAGUCCAGCACCUGGGGAGGAACAGCCCCUGCACCAGGACAGGUUGGGGAUGACCUGGAAAGCAGCUAUCAGUACUGCCCAUUCCAAGGCAGAGUCGCCCGUCCCGGCUGUUCCGAGGCCGGUGUUAUCGGUGCCGGCUGUUCCAAGGUGGGGGUCACCAAUACUAGCAGUCCCCAAGCUGUGAUUAACAGUAACAGCCUCUCCAAGGUGCCAUUAGCAGUACCGGCCGUUUCGAGGCGGCGAUUACCGUCACGCGUCAUUCCGAGGCGGCAGUUACCUGUCCCGGCCGUUCCGAAGCAGACGCUGCCGGUGCCGGUGCAAGUAGCGGGCGCUGCCGAGGCACAGCCGCCGGUUCCGGCCGGAGCUCCCGGUCCCCGGGCCCGUUCCGGGGCGAUGGGGGGGCUGAUCAGCCGUGUGCUGUGGGGCACAAGGCGAGGGAGGAAGCGGGAGCGCAGCGAGAGAGACGACAGCGACGACGGCAGAGGGCAGCACAGCCGGUGCGGGCAGGGAAGGGGCGGUGUGGGGAGCGGCGCCGGGGCAGAAGGGGCGCUGCAGGGUCGGGUGGGCGCAGGGGAGCGGAGAGAAGGGGCGAGGGGGCGCUGCGGGGCCGGGGAAGCGGUGCGGUGGGAGGAGGGGCGUGCGGGGCCGGCAGCGGAGGAGCGGUGGAGGGUCGCUGGGUGUGGGGAGAAGGGGAGUGCGGGGCCGGG